AGACAAUUCUGAACGCACCCUGUAUGUAAUCUAACCUAAACUAACUUAACCUAAUCUAAGCUGAUUUAACCUAAAAGUUAAACUGAAGAUUUUUACUACCAACCGGUGAGAAAAAUCUUUGAAGAGAAAAAAAUAAUCUAAUAGAUAAAUUGCUUGAUCUAAUUUAAUCGGCUUAAAUUUUGAUAAAAACUCAAUCGAUGUAUUUUUCUGUAAAAACAAAAGUUUGAAAAGAAAAAAGUAUUGUUCGAGUUUUGUUUUGAAGUAAAAAUUUUCUAUGAUAAAAAGUAAGCUUAUGAUAAAAAAUUGCUACUUAAUACUUGAAAAAUCCACAUAGCAAAUAUGGCUGUGGUAGUGGAAACCACUAUAGGAGAUUUUACAGUGGACCUGUACAUUGAAGAGCGUCCUCAGACCACGCGGAAUUUCCUGAAGUUAUGUAAGCUCAAGUACUAUAAUUGGAAUCUUUUCCACUCGGUGCAGACCAACUUUAUUGCGCAAACUGGCGAUCCCACUGGUACUGGAAAAGGUGGAGAGAGCGUGUAUGGAAUCGUGCUCGGUGAAAAGGCCCGUUAUUACGAGGCCGAACAGAUGCCAAAGAUCAAGCACAGUCGGAUAGGUCUGCUGUCCAUGGUGAAUUGUGGGAACAACAUGCUGGGCUCUCAGUUCUUCAUCACGCUGGGAUCAGAGCUGCAAUCUUUAGACAAUGAACACUGUGUGUUCGGAGAGAUCACAGAGGGACUGGAGGUGAUCCUCAAGUUUAACGAGACCAUCUGUGAUGGGGAUCAAAGACCAUAUCAGGAUAUAAGAAUAUCCCACACUGUUAUUUUGGAGGAUCCAUUUGAUGAUCCUGUAGGAUUUGUAAUUCCCGAUAGAAGCCCAGAACCUACAAAGGAAGCUCUGAUGAGCGAUAGGAUUGGAGCGGACGAAGCGAUCGAUGAUACCGGUGGCAUGACCGCGGAGGAGAUUGCGGAAAUGCAAAAGGAUAAAGAAGCGAAAGCGAGAGCCACGAUAUUAGAGAUUGUAGGUGACAUACCGGACGCGGACAUCGCCCCACCCGAAAAUGUCUUGUUCGUCUGCAAAUUAAAUCCGGUCACAAACGAUGAUGACCUCGAAAUUAUCUUCAGUCGCUUCGGAAAAAUUAUUGGCUGCGAAGUUAUAAGAGACCAUCAAACGGGCGACUCCUUGCAAUAUGCAUUUAUCGAAUUCGCCGAUCGCAAGAGCUGCGAGGACGCGUACUUUAAGAUGGACAACGUUUUGAUCGAUGAUAGAAGAAUACACGUAGACUUUUCGCAGUCGGUCGCUAAGAUGCGUUGGCGUGGUAAGGGAAAAGGUAUUAAGUAUCUCGACGAGGAUGAUAAGAAGAAACGCGAAGAGAAUUACCCUUCUUCGAAAAAAUCAGAAGCAUCGCGCGGCAGAGAUUACGACAAUGGUAAAAAUAGGGAGGAAGGAAGGAAACGGGAGAACGAUAAAGAUCACACAUCCGAACACAGAAAGCACGAUCGCCGAAGAGAAGACAAAGAUAACAGAGACAGAAGAAAGGAAGAUAGAUCGUACGACGAUCACUACGAGAAAAGCAAGUAUGAUAGCGAGCGAAAAGACAGAAGACGAAGAGAGGAACGACGUGAUAGGGAUAGGAACAGCGAGAGAAGGGGUCACAGCGAGGAUAGAUCGGAAAGAAGAAGGAGGGGCCAGAGUGAAGAGAGAUUGGAAAGAAGAGGCAGAAAAGACGAGCAUGGCGAUAGGGAACGUCGACAUCGCGAUAACGAAAAGAAGAGAUCCGUGGAUGACGAAGAUGAUAUGAGAUACCGGGAUAGAUCACAUAAGCAUAAAAGAAAACGAUAAAAAAAAAGGAAUGAAAGAGCUAAAAAGAAUUUCGAACAUGAGAUAUAUUUAAAUAAAAGUAAAGUUUCCUAUUUGCUACGAAUAUCUUUGCAAUUGUGAUAUCAAAAUGAAUAAAUGCAUAAUUUAUAAGAGGGACUG